GCUAGUCUUUACUUUGAUACGAGGUGAAGUGCAUGUCCAAAGUCGUCGCGUUUUAUUAAAUGAAAACACGUCGGAGAUCUUUUAAAAUAAUAAGUGCUUGUUAAUAUUUCACCAAUGAAGUGUGCCGUAAAAUGAGUGUUAAAUGGUGUGAUCUAAUUUGAGCAUUUCUUAUGAGAAUUGUGUUUUUGCUUUCGUGAAAAUGAAUGGCAAACUGCAUAGUGAAACCGGCGCUUUCUCAUCUGACGACAUGCGCGCCGAAAUAUUGAACCCUUUCGUUCACAAACUGGAGCUAGAUAACACAUAUGACAAAAUAAAGACGGCAAUAUUCACGGUAAUAUUAUUGCCUUUCCGAGUCAUCGUGAUCUGUUACCUAAUAGUGACAGCGUGGUUCCUUGCAUGCAUUGGUCUGUAUGGCCUAAGCGAAGAAGACCUUAGGCGGCAGCCAAUGACGGGCUGGAGAAGCAAACUGCGCUUCUCAAUUUUGUCGCUAAUGCGGUUGGUGGUGGUGGCCGCUGGGUUCCACCGGGUGAAGGUGCUGGGAAAACACCACGUGCCCUCUAACUCAAGGGACGCGCCAGUGGUGGUGAUGGCGCCGCAUUCGACCUUCUUCGACGCCAUAGCAAUCGUUUGCCUUGGAGCACCCAGCGUGGUGGCCAAGGCUGAUACUGCAAGACUCCCGUUCAUAGGACAAUUGAUAAACUACACGCAACCCGUGUACGUAUGGCGGGAUGACCCCAACUCCAGACAGAAUACCAUCAAGGAGAUCAUUGAGAGAGCUACUUCUAAAGAGGACUGGCCUCAGGUCCUAAUAUUCCCAGAAGGGACAUGCACGAACCGAUCAUGUCUGAUUACGUUCAAGCCGGGCGGGUUCUACCCGGGUGUGCCGGUACAGCCGGUCACCAUCCGGUACCCGAACGCCAGGGAUACCGUCACUUGGACCUGGGAGGGACCUGGCGCGUUAAAGCUGCUAUGGCUGACACUAACUCAAGUGCACAGUUCCUGUGAGAUCGAAUUCCUGCCCGUGUACUACCCUAGUGAGGAAGAGAAGAGAGAUCCCAAGCUGUACGCCAGGAAUGUUCGAGAUGUUAUGGCUAAAGCCCUGGGCGUGCCGGUGCUGGACUACACGUACGACGACUGCCGCCUCGCCGCCCGCGCCAAGCGGCUCGGCCUGCCCGCCGCCGCCGCCGCCCGCGAGGUCAGCGAGAUACGCGGACACCUCGGGUUAGAACGUUCUCAACUAGAGCUGCAUUUAGCAGCGCAAGGCCUACAGGGCCGGGCCCGCUGGCUCGGGCCGGACGAGUUCAGCGCCAGGCUCGGAGUACGCGACCCUAGGGCACAUCGCCUGUUUGAUAUAUUUAUGCAGCCUUCAAGUGGUCUGGUAUACUUCCCUGACUACUUACUCUGCGCCGCGUUCCUCUCGCUACAACAUGCUCCGCUGUCGCAGUUACUGUCCAUCGCUUUCAAGCUAUACGACGCCGCGGGCUCGGGCCGGCUGACGGCGCCGCAGUUCGAGGAGGUGGCGACGCGUUGUCUCGGACUGUGCCAGGAGGAUGCACACAACACAUUCCGACAGGCCGACCUAGACGAGAAGGGAUAUCUUACUUAUGAUGAAUUCAUAUCAUACGCCCAGAAGAAAGCUGAGUUCGCGUUUGUAUUCGCGUGUGACGCAGCGCAGCAAAAGCCUAAAACUCAGUGAUUGUCACCUCUUCACAUCCCCACCGUCUGCAGUCAAGUGCCCUAAAACGGAAUGUGCCCUAAAAUGGUAUGUGCCCUAAGAUGACACGUGCCCAAGUAUGGUAUAAGCCCUAAGAUGACACGUGUGUAAAUACGGACUGUGCCCUAAGAAGACACGUGCCCUUGAAUGGUAUAUUUCCCCAAAAGGUACAUGUCCUACACACGGGACGUCUCUGUAGCACGUGCCCUAAAACGGAAUGUACCGAGUCACGGAAUGUGUCCUGGAAUAAUGCCUAUCCAAAUAAGGGUACAGUAAAAAAGAGGAAGAGAGGAAUAUCGAAAAAUUUGUCGAAUUUUAACAUAAUGUUUUAUUUCAUUUGUGUGGAUUUUGUUAUAGAAUUUCGAAUAUUAUGUAGCGUUUUGUAGCUAAGGCUACUUUUUGGCAUUCGUUUCGAAGUGAAAUAAUAAUUAUGAUGCUACAUUAUAAGCCGACGAGUGAUCUAAGCAUAAUUUUCACUAUCCCCAAAAGGGCGUAUACGUAUAAAAAUACUCAGAUUAUUUUAUAAGUUCUUAUUGUUAAAAUAUUUUAUUUACAUAACGUAUUUGCUCAUGAAAUCGAUGUAUAUCAUUCGCUCAUGUAGCCUAGUUCUUAUGUAGACUUGCCUUAUAUACAUUUAUGUAUAUUUUAGUACACAAUAGAAUCAAUCGAUAUUUGGCUAGUACGUAAAAUGGGGUACUUGAAAAAUGCAGAUAUGGGUAUGUGAAUGUAGAAUAGAAAAAGUUUGGGGUGAAUAAUUACGUAGUUUUUUUUUGUUUUGAAACUAUAUCACGCUUAUUUUUCUCUAUGUAAAAGGCAACGAAAAAUACUUGGAUUAUCCUAAAAAAAAACCGUUUUCGACUACACAUGCCAAAUUAAAUGGCCUUGCCAAAAAAAUACCUUGAACAUUUCCAAU